UUCCCGGGCCCUGGCUCUCCAGUGCGGGAUCAUGGAGCCCAAGUGCGCGCCCUGCAAAGAGAAGGAGAAGCGCCUGGAGGGCGUCUCCGCUGCUUUCCAGAGGAUCUUUCUAGCUACCUAUCCGACAUUAUUUAUUUUGCUCAGUGCCUGUGGAAUGACUGCAGCUCAGGAGGUUAAACCUAAUAUCAUUCUGAUGUUGGCUGAUGAUCUUGGGAUUGGAGAUAUUGGCUGUUAUGGUAACAACACUAUGAAGACUCCUAAUAUUGACCAACUAGCAAAAGAAGGAGUAAGACUUACUCAACAUAUCGCGGCAGCCUCACUGUGUACCCCAAGCAGAGCAGCUUUUUUGACGGGCAGAUACCCCAUCAGAUCAGGUAUGGCUUCCAGCAAUGCCUAUCGGGCUCUGCAGUGGAAUGCUGGCUCAGGAGGUCUCCCUGUCAAUGAAACCACUUUUGCCAAGAUACUGCAUCAGCAGGGCUAUGCAACAGGACUUGUAGGGAAGUGGCACCAAGGUGUAAACUGUGACUCUGUCAAUGAUCACUGCCACCAUCCUUUAAAUCAUGGCUUUGAUUAUUUUUAUGGCAUGCCUUUCACUCUUCUCAACAACUGCCAGGACAACAAGCCUCCAGAGCUUGAUGCAGCCUUUCAAGCUAAGCUGUGGUUUUAUACGCAGCUCAUUUCCCUUGCAGUACUUACAGUUCUCACAGGAAAAAUUACUGGGUUGGUCUCUAUUACUUGGAAAGCAGCCAUCUGCUUUGCUUUGUUCGGAUUCCUAUAUUUUGCUUCAUGGUACUCCAGCUAUGGCUUUGUGAAAUACUGGAAUUGCAUCCUGAUGCGCAACCACGACAUUACUGAGCAACCAAUGAAGCUGGAAAGAACGACUGCUCUCCUAUUAAAGGAAGCAAUUUCAUUUAUCCACAGCAACAAGCAUGGACCAUUCCUCCUCUUCGUUUCUUUCCUGCAUGUCCACACGCCCCUGUUUACAACAGAAAGAUUUCUUGGGAGGAGCAGGCAUGGUCUAUAUGGAGACAACAUAGAAGAGAUGGACUGGUUGGUAGGUCAGAUUCUAGAUGCUGUUGACAGUGAAGGUUUGAGAAACAACACGUUCAUCUAUUUUGCCUCAGACCAUGGGGGACAGCUUGAAGCUCAAGAAGGAACAAUCCAGCUAGGUGGCUGGAAUGGAAUUUAUAAAGGGGGCAAAGGCAUGGGAGGCUGGGAAGGAGGAAUCCGUGUGCCAGGCAUAUUCAGAUGGCCUGGAAUGCUCCCAGCUAAUUCUAUUGUUGAUGAACCAACAAGCCUUAUGGAUAUUUACCCCACAGUGGCUCAUCUGGCUGGAGGGACUAUUCCACAGGACAGGAUAAUUGAUGGGAAGAACCAAAUAGCUUUACUACUGGGAGCAGCACAGCACUCAGAACAUGAAUUCAUGUUUCAUUACUGUGGAGUGUAUUUACAUGCUGUGCGCUGGUACCAGAAAGAGACUGGAGCACUCUGGAAGGUGCAUUAUAUGACUCCAACAUUUGAACCAGAAGGGGCUGGAGCCUGUUACACGAAAGGGCUUUGCGGUUGUGCAGGAGAAAUGGUAACCAACUACAACCCGCCCUUGCUUUUUGACCUCUUACACGAUCCUUCCGAAGCCAAUCCCUUAUCACCAACAGCCGAGCCUCUUUUUAAUACUAUUGUAAGUCAUAUUGAAAAAGCGGUAGUAGAGCAUCGUAAGACAGUCGCUCCUGUUCCUGAGCAACUCAAUGUGGACAAUACUGUAUGGAAGCCGUGGCUGCAGCCAUGCUGUGGAACAUUCCCUUUCUGUUGGUGUGAUGAUGAAAGUAGUAGUGAUCCCAUAAUUGUUUGA